ACGAACAAAAUCCAUGGAUAAAUAGGAGAGUUGUACAUGAUCAAAGAAAUAUAUCCAAGUCGCGCAAAGUCAAUGUAUUCGUAUAUGCGUAUGUAGUGUGUAAAGUAGGGGUGGGAUAUCUAGCUAUGCGCUGGGAAAUCAAGUUGUAAUGAAUUUUUAAUAGAAAACGAGAGAAACGUUCUAUCACAAGCGCAACUAAACGAUUGGAUUAGAGAUUUGGAAUUAUCCAAGGAAAAAGCUGAGCUACAUGCCUCUCGUAUGCAACAAUUUCAAUUAGUGUCACCCCAUGUUAAGGUGGCAUAUUAUAGAAAUCGUCACGAACCAUUUGCCAAACACUAUACGAAGGAAGACAAUGUAUGCUAUUGCAAAGACAUUCCAGGGUUAUUCAAAGAGUUUGGUCAACCAUAUGAUUCCGAGGAGUGGCGAUUGUUCAUAGACAGCAAUAAACUGAGCUUGAAGGCCGUAUUACUGCAUAAUGGCAACAAAAAGCCCUCGAUCCCGCUCGCGCAUGCGAGGUAAUGGAGAAAUUGUUAAAAUUCAUCAAAUAUGAAGAGCAUGAUUGGAAAAUAUGUGCCGAUCUUAAAGUCGUUGGAAUGUUAUGCGGUCUACAAAGUGGCUACACAAAACACUGCUGCUUUCUCUGCAAAUGGGAUAGCCGAGCUCGUAAAGACCACUAUUGCAUUAAGGAUUGGCCGGAAAGAGUUGAAUUUACAAUUGGUGUGGAUAAUAUCAAAUACAUCCCACUUAUAAAGAAGGAAAAAAUCAUUCUUCCGCCAUUGCACAUCAAGCUCGGCCUCAUUAAAAAUUUUGUUAAGGCGUUGGACAAAGAAGGCAAAGCAUUCAAUUAUUUGCAAAAUUUUUUCCCAAAUAUUUCCCAGGCCAAGAUAAAGGAAGGUAUAUUUGUUGGACCCCAAAUAAAAAAGUUGAUAAAUAAUGACCAAUUCAAAGGACUAUUGUCACCAGUUGAGGCAGCAGCGUGGGAUUCCUUCGAAAUGAUCGUUUCUUCUUUUCUCGGUAAACACAAAAGUCCAAACUACGAGAAGAUAGUGAGCGACUUAAUCAAAAAUUAUGCCGAAAUGGGCGUAAAUAUGUCUCUAAAAAUUCAUUUUCUGCAUUCCCAUUUAAGUUUUUUUCCGGCAAAUCUCGGAGACGAAAGUGACGAGCAUGGCGAAAGGUUUCACCAGCAAAUGAAAUUAAUUGAGAAUCGAUACCAAGGUUUCUGGGACGUCGGUAUGAUGGGUGACUACUGUUGGUUUCUCAUAAGAGAAACCGAUCCUAAACUAAAUAAACGACAAAACAAAACACAUAAUCAUUUCGACUAUAAUGUAAGAACAUCAACUUAAGACAAAAAUAACACAUUGUUUUAAUAUAUAUUACUAAUAUAUAAAUAAAUGAGUUUAUAAAAACUAAAAACGA